CAGCCUUAUGGCGAAGCGAGGGGACGGGGGAGAAGUCCAGAACGGAGCUUUACACUAAUAUGGGAUUUCACAACGUGGACGUGGGAGGCAAUGUUAACUUCCACACAUUUCUCUGACAUUUGGAGUGGUGCACCGAUCAGGGAAGACUGACCUCAGAUCGUCUCUAGAGGCUUUCCACAAUAUUUCACCUUGACUGGACUGGAACGCAAAAAUGCCAAUCAUGGAGAAAGAGACGGCCAGAGACCGAGUCAGCCAAGUGUUGCCAAAGGUCCCUGUGCCUCCACUGAAACAAACCCUCGACACAUACUUGAAGUGUGUUCAACACCUGGUGAAGGAGGAGCAGUUCAAGAAAACAAAGGCCAUCGUGGAGAAGUUCGGAGCUCCUGGAGGCGUUGGAGAGGUUCUCCAGAAGAAGCUUUCAGAGAGGAGGGACAAGACUACCAACUGGGUCUAUGACUACUGGCUGGAGGACAUGUACCUGAACAACAGAUUGGCCCUCCCAGUCAACUCCAGUCCUGUCAUGGUGUUUCCCAAGCAGACAUUCAGAGACCAUAAAGACGCCCUCAGAUUUGUGGCUCGUCUCAUCGGAGGAGUGUUGGACUAUAAGGCUCUCAUUGAUGCGAGAGCGCUGCCAGUGGAUUUUGCUCGAGGCCAGCUAGCUGGGACGCCUCUAUGCAUGGAGCAGUACUACUGCCUCUUUAACUCCUACCGCUACCCGGGGCUAAAGACAGACACGCUGAAGGUCCAGAUGAACGCAGCCUCCUCAGCGCCGGAGCACAUCAUCAUAGCGUGCAAAAACCAGUUUUUCGUGUUGGACGUAGUCGCAAACGGCAAGCAGCUCAAUGAGACGGAGAUCUUAUCCCAACUGGAGAAAAUCAUGAAAAUGUCAGAAAACGCCAAAGAGAGACUUCCUCCUUUUGGUAUCCUGACAUCUGACGGGAGAACAGAGUGGGCACAAGCCAGAGAGGCACUGACGAAAGAUCAAAGCAACAGGGACUGUCUGGCUCUGAUCGAGAGCAGUAUGUGUGUGGUGUGUCUGGAUGAGCCCAGUGGCCUGGAGCCUAGAGAUACCACCAGGGCCCUGCUGAUGUUGCACGGUGGCGGACGCGAGAAGAAUGGGGCAAACCGCUGGUAUGAUAAGUCAAUGCAGUUUGUUGUAGGGAUGGACGGAGUAUGUGGAGUCGUGUGUGAUCAUUCGCCAUUCGAGGGAAUAGUUAUGGUGCAGUGCUCUGAAUACUUGAUGAAAUACAUAACAGGGAGUCCCUCGAAGAUGGCGAGAGCAUCCAGCAUCAGAGAACUUCCCCCUCCAAGAAGGCUGCUUUGGAAAUGUAACCCGCACUUCCAAGGACUCAUAGCAGCGUCUGGAGACAGACUGCAGAGGCUGGUGAAUAAUCUCGACAUGGAUGUUUUCAAGUUCAACGUUUACGGGAAAGAAUUCAUCAAAAAACAGAAGAUGAGUCCGGAUGCGUUCAUACAAGUUGCCUUACAACUUGCAUUUUACAAAUGCAACAGAAAGCUUGUGUCCACUUAUGAAAGCGCGUCCAUUCGGCGUUUCCAAGAAGGUCGGGUUGAUAACAUUCGCUCUGCCACACCUGAGGCCCUGGCCUUUGUGAUGUCCAUGACAGAUGAGAGGGCCACUUUCACAGAUUCAGAAAAAAAUAGACGUUUGAGGGAUGCAAUUAAUGCCCAGACAAACUAUACAAUUGCAGCUAUUACAGGAAUGGCGAUAGACAAUCAUCUCCUCGGGCUUAUGAAAAUCGCAAAGGAGCUCAACAUGGAGAAGCCAGAGAUCUUCUGUGAUGAGACGUAUUUGGCCAGUAACCAGUUCAUCCUUUCUACCAGUCAGGUCCCUACCACAGUGGAAAUGUUCUGUUGCUACGGCCCGGUGGUGCCCAACGGCUACGGCGCCUGUUACAACCCGCAGUCAGACCACAUCCUCUUCUGUGUGUCUAGUUUCUGGGAGAACACGGGGACGAGCUCGGCCGUUUUUGUCAAAGCGUUGAAAGAGGGCCUGCUGGAAAUCAGGGACCUGUGCAAUAGUAGCAGCGCCGCGGCUACCAAACUGGCUGAGAGCAGCCAGGGAGCCGGCCUGCCUCGUAAAUCAGGGAAGUAAGCCAUACUGAGAGAGCACGCCCACUCGGCUGCUCCUCUCAACAAUCUUAGGCUGCGGUCGAAUAGUCCUUUUUUUGCUUAGGAAGGUUCCUAACUGAGUGAAGUGUCUAAGUGGCAGCCAUGAUUCAGUAAGAGCUGGUGGAAUUCUCUAAAUUCUAAGGAAAUGUGCUUGAAUGCUUCUUUUCUUAUCCCUUUAGCAUAUGGUACACUGGAAAGUAGAUAAUAGCGUCCCACAAUUCCUUGCAGCAGCAACAUUUAAAGCGACGGCAGACCCACGUCAAUAACAUCCGACGUCGCAUGAUUACGAAGCCUAGUGUUCGUAAAGUCGGAUUCUCUUCACACGUCUUUUCCUACGUCCUUAUAAAUUCUCUUUCCUCGACCUCAUGACGAUUUCCAUCGAGGUCAAGGACAAGUGGUUAGGAAAGGACAUAGAACGUAAUUUGUUUUGACUAUUCGACCGCAGACUUAAAGUUAUUCUCAGUAGUUGAGAUGCCUUUGUGUGUCUUCGUUGUCUGUGCAAUAGUGUUCGUUAAACAACAAAAUGCAAAGCCUUAAAGUUCAUAUAUAGUAUGUAAAUAUUAAAAAAUGUGAAUGAAAACAUACUUAUAUGUUAUAAAAUACUUUUUUUUUGGAUGUGUGUAAACAUCAUAAUGAUUUUGGGUCCAACAAUGACCCUGUUUGACUCGGCAGACUGAGAUUAACUGGUCUGCUGCCUUUAGGAAACUGAAGCCAUGCCCGUUAUGUAGCACUGAUGAGAGGGGAAACUCCUCUAUAAGAGAGAAUCAGUCGAGUGAUCCCAAUAUAUAUCUUUCACACAUAGAGUAGGAAUAUAAUAUAUAUGAAAGUAUUCUGUACAAAAAAGAAAAACAGUAUAUUUAAGUGACUUAUAACAAUCAUUACAUCCUGUAAAUGUGACCCUGUUUCACUUUGUGUGUGCCAUUGUAACACACAGGAUCAGUUAUACUUGAGAUAAUACUAGAUCUAUUUUAAUGUGCUAAAGUUACGUACAUUUCUUUUAUUCUAUUGACGACGCCGUGAGGUUGCCAAAGAAGUUGUGUAUACGUGAAGUCUGUCUGAUGAGGCACUGAUAAAAAGAUAUGAAUGAAUAACUGUAAACAUAGAGAACUGGUGUGAAUAUAUGUGAAUAAUGUGUGCAGAAGAAAACAUUAUGUGGAUUUAGUGGCACAUUUGAAGUCUUUUAGAUGUACUUUAUGUCUGUGUUCAUAGCAAUAUUUAGUAAGUGUUGAGUUUAUUGAACAGUGCUACUUUAUAAGUAAAAUACAAUACAGUGGUAAUAGAGGCAAACCACUGUGUUCACGUGUAUAAAAGGUGCUUUUUAUUUGCACUUAAGAGGUAGCAUGAGGGGUGUAUUGUUAUACUGUAGUGCAAUAACACAGUAGCAAGUGCAGUGAGGGUAUAUGUGCAAUUUAGCAAGUCAACUCAUUAGUUGCAUGGAGCUUAUGUAACAUUAAAUGAAUUAUUUUUGAUAUUCAGAAAUAUUGGAUAUUAUCUGUGAGAUUAAAAUGAAUUAUGGAACUCUACAUCAUGCAUGCUGCUUUGGUCAAAAUGGUCCAUUCAAAGUGUUCAAAGUGUUACUUGGAUUCUUCUACAAAUGCAUAUUGUGUUUCAAUCUGUGGUGAUUCAUGUUACAACAAAUCAAAAAUAAUGGUCUUUAUCUGUGCAAAUUGUGAGGAUAUGUGUUGUCCUAUAUCCAGAAGACACUUUACUUUACUGAACUGUAUCUACCAAUCAUCAGCCAAAGUGAAUGUGAACCAUGUAGAUGAUUUCAAAAAUCAUAUCAAGAAAAGAUUUUAAGCGACACAUGUUGCAUGUUUAUUCUUACAUACUAACUGUAUUUUUAUAUGUCCACAUGAAAAGCUUAAUGAUAUAGUAAAAUACUCUUAAAGGGUACACAAACGUAAGAAAAAUGCCUUAAAUAAAGUGAUGCAAACUGUUUUCCUUCCACAUAUUCUAUAACUGUUUAAUGUUUUCAUUUGAACAGUUUCUACUCGGUGUUAAACGUCUAAUCUGAGUGGUGUGUGUAACAGAAUGUAAUAUUUGUCACGUGGUAUUCAGUGGGUUUCCCUUUAUCUCAUUCAUAAAAAGUCAUUUAUAAUCCCUGUGAGUAAAUCCAGCUGUUAUAUCUAUUGAACCACGGCACAGUGUUUAAAUAGCGUGAUAAAUCAAUGUUACACCAUGAUAACCGUUUUUGUGAAUAAAUGUGUAAAACGUCAUUGACAGGAAGAAUAUAGUGUUUCAUUAAGUAAUUUUAAAUUCAAUGAAUGUUCAGUGAAAAAAUAUGUUUAUCAUUAUAAAAAAAUAAAAUAAAAUGCUAACUUAUUUUUUUAGGCUACAAACAUUUGAUUGAUAGAAGACAUUGCUAAUUUAAGUUGUGAUAAAAGUGAUACUCCAUUCAAGAAAUAAAAUGAACAUCAUGCU